AUGGCUCUGCGGCGCGUCUUGCCCGCGCUGCGCCCCUACAUUCCCCGCUUCGCGCCGCUGUCCACGGCGCCGGCCGCCAGCGAGCAGUCCGCCGCGGGCCCAGGGGCCGUGCCAGGACGUGGGUCGGCCAGGGCAGUGCGGCCGCUGGUGCCCGCUGUGGACUUCGGCAACGCGCUGGAGGCGUACUGCAGCCGGCGAACCUGGGAGCUGGCGCGCAGCCUGCUGGUGCUGCGCUUGUGCGCCUGGCCCGCGCUGCUGGCGCGCCACGAGCAGGAAAGUGUCGCAAAGAUGGGCAUCGCAUCCAGGGCUGAGAUUGAGGACUGGUUCAUGGCGGAGACCCUGGGAGUGUCUGGCACCGUGGACCUGCUGGACUGGAGCAGCCUCAUCGACAGCAGGACCAAGCUGUCCAAGCACCUGGUGGUCCCCAACGCACAGACAGGACAGCCAGAGCCCCUGCUGUCCCGGUUUGCUGAGGAGGAGGAGCUACAGAUUACGAGGAUGCUACAGCGGAUGGAUGUCCUGGCCAAGAAAGCCACAGAGAUGGGCGUGCGGCUGAUGGUGGAUGCCGAGCAGACCUACUUCCAGCCGGCCAUCAGCCGCCUGACGCUGGAGAUGCAGCGGAAGUUCAAUGUGGAGAAGCCGCUCAUCUUCAACAUAUACCAGUGCUACCUCAAGGAUGCCUAUGACAAUGUGACCCUGGACGUGGAGCUGGCUCGCCAUGAGGGCUGGUGUUUUGGGGCCAAGCUGGUGCGGGGCGCAUACCUGGCCCAGGAGCGAGCCCGUGCAGCAGAGAUCGGAUAUGAGGACCCCAUCAACCCCAUGUACGAGGCCACCAACGCCGUGUACCACAGGUGCCUGGACUACGUGCUGGAGGAGCUGAAGCACAACACCAAGGCCAAGGUGAUGGUGGCCUCCCACAAUGAGGACACAGUGCGCUUCGCACUGCGCAGGAUGGAGGAGCUGGGCCUGCAUCCUGCUGACCACCAGGUGUACUUUGGACAGCUGCUAGGCAUGUGUGACCAGAUCAGCUUCCCGCUGGGCCAGGCCGGCUACCCCGUGUACAAGUACGUGCCCUACGGCCCCGUGAUGGAGGUGCUGCCCUACUUGUCCCGCCGUGCCCUGGAGAACAGCAGCCUCAUGAAGGGCACCCAUCGGGAGCGGCAGCUGCUGUGGCUGGAGCUCUUGAGGCGGCUCCGAACUGGCAACCUCUUCCAUCGCCCUGCCUAGCACCCCCCCGCCCCCACCCAGGCCAUCACCACAGCUGCAGCCAACCCCAUCCUCACACAGAUUCACCUUUUUUCACCCCACACUUGCAGAGCUGCUGGAGGUGGAGUCAGGUGCCUCCCAGCCCUGCCAAUGGUGGGGGCACUCAGGUGUGGGCCGACCCUGAUACCUGCCUGGGAUAGCUGCUGGUAACUGUUAGGAACUUUCCUCGGAUGUGUGGGCCCAAGGCCCCCACCUCUGUGACCCCCAUGUCCUUGGACCUGGAGGAUUGUCCACCUUCUGCCAAGGCCAGCCCACACAGCCCGAGCCCCUCGGGGAGCAGUGGCCGGGCUGGGGAGGCCUGCCUGGUCGAUAAACCACUGUUCCUGCA